UCUUUCUCAGCACACACUCGUUCUUUUGACGUUUUCUUCCAUCCCUCCAUCCAUCAGUAUGAGUUACCGCUCCUCUCAGAUCUCCUUCACGCGUUCCGUUCCCGUCUCUUCCUACCAUGCCGCCAGCACGUACGGAGGCGCCGGGGGGCAAGGAACCCGUGUGUCCACCGCCUCCUUCUCCGGCCUAAGGUCAGGACCUCCGGGGGGGCUGCUGGCCUCCUCCGCGGCCUUUAAGGUGAGCUCUGCGGGCCUGGGCGGCGCGGGCGGCGCGGGAGCGGCUGGGGCAGGGGGAAUUCUGGGAAAUGAGAAAGGGCAAAUGCAGAACCUGAACGAGCGUCUGGCGUCUUACCUGGAGACGGUGAGGAACCUGGAGGAGGCCAACGGCAAACUGGAGAAACAGAUCAGACAAGCCCUGGAGAGAGGAGGACCAGAGUCAAGAGACUACAGCAAGUACAAUGCCAUCCUGGAUGACCUGAGGAAGAAGGUGUUUGAUGCGACUGUAGACAACGCUCGCCUUGUUCUGCAGAUUGAUAAUGCCCGUUUGGCUGCAGAUGACUUCCGGGUCAAAUUUGAGAAUGAGACAACGAUCAGACAGUCGGUUGAAGCUGACAUUGCUGGGCUGAAGAAGGUUAUUGACGACACAAACAUCGGUCGCAUGAACGUGGAGAGUGAGAUCGAGUCUCUGAAGGAGGAGCUUGUGUUCCUCAGGAAAAACCAUGACAACGAGGUGGCUGAGCUGCGGAACCAGGUUGCCCAGUCGGGUGUUCAGGUGGAUGUGGAUGCUCCAAAGGGCCAGGACUUGGCCCAGGUCAUGGAGGGAAUGAGAGCCAAUUAUGAGCGACUGGCUCAGAAGAACGCAGAGGAGCUGAAAAUCUGGCACGAGAACCAGAUAUCGGAGGUGCAGGCCAAGGUAUCCCAGAGCACUGAGGCAAUACAGGGAGCUCAGAUGGAGAUCAAUGAUCUCAGGAGACAGAUACAGACACUGGAGAUCGAACUGGCCUCUCAGCAGAGUCUGAAAGCAUCACUGGAAGACACACUGCAUAACACAGAGCUGCGUUCGAAUGCAGAGGUGGAGAAAUACAACGCUAUCAUCCUCCAGCUGGAGGCGGAGCUGGCUCAGCUGAGGUCAAAGAUCACACAACAGGGUCAGGAGUAUGAGGCUCUGCUGAACAUGAAGAUGAAGCUGGAGGCUGAGAUCGCCACCUACAAGACCCUACUGGACGGAGGGGAUUUCAAACUCCAGGAUGCUCUGGAGGAACUGACCAGAGAGUGACAUCACAAUGGCACAUUCCUCUGAAGGGUGAACAGGGAGUGAAUCAAACCAAAAAAGAAUCAAAACAACAACAUUAGAAAAAAAUACAGCCUGUAACCCAUACACACAUUAUCACUCCAUUCUCCACUCAUAUCAUAUCACAUACAAAGAAGAUUAAUUCAUACAAACACUUGGAAUUUGUUUAUCAGUUCAAACAUUCCCUGCUAAUGCAUCCAUAUGUUAACUUAGAGAGUUGUUUAUCAAGUUUCUAAGUCACAGGAGAAACAGUCAAAUUCUCACAAAGGCCCUUUUGACACUGAAGAACUGAA